AUGAAACUUAAAUGCUUCCUAGAUGAUAUUUUUAAACACGGAGUCUUAGGUAAAGUUAUAAGUCAUGUACAGGUUAUUGAGUUUCAAAAACGUGGUUUGCCACAUGUACAUAUUUUAUUGCACUUUGUAAAUGAUGAUAAGCUAGAAACAGCAGAGGAUAUUGAUAGUCUAAUAUCAGCUGAAAUUCCAGAUCAAACUGUUGAUCCUGAACUUUUUGAAAUUAUAAAAACAUGUAUGAUUCACGGACCAUGUGGAAUUUUGAAUCCCAAUUCUUCUUGCAUGAAAGAUGGGAUUUGCACAAAAAAGUUUCCUAAAGAAUUUAAUCCUCACACUGUUGCAACUUUCAAUGGCUAUCCUCACUACAGGCGUUUAGAUAAUGGUAGAGUAGUCGUUAUAAAAGGUAACCAAGUUGAUAAUCGAUGGGUUGUACCCUACAACCCUUGGUUAUCUAAAAAAUACCAAGCACAUAUUAAUGUUGAAGCUUGCAUGUCUAUUAAGUCAGUUAAGUAUUUAUAUAAAUAUGUCUAUAAGGGGCAUGAUUGUGCUCAUGUGUUAAUUAAUGAAAGUCUUGACCAUGAUGAAAUUAACACAUAUUUAGAUUGUCGCUUUGUUUCUGCACCAGAGGCUCUUUGGCGAAUAUUUGAGUAUUCCAUAAGUUAUAUGUCACAUACUAUUAUCCGCCUUCAAGUCCACCUUCCUGAUAAUCAGAGGGUAUAUUUUAACGAAGGAGAAGAACGAGUAGCUAUAGAUCGUGCUGCACAGCGUGACACUCACCUAACCGCUUGGUUUAAAUUAAAUGCUGAGAUAAAUGAAGCACGUCAGUAUUCUUAUGUUGAAAUUCCAUAUCACUUUGUUUUUGAUGGUAAAAAUUGCAAGUGGAAAGUAAGACAAAGAGGCAGUGAUAAGGUGAUUGUGCGAAUGUAUAAAGUCAAUCUAACCAGUGAAGUAUUUUUUCUUAGAUUGUUGCUUUUGCAUGUAAAAGGUGCAAUGUCUUUUGAGGAUUUGCGUACUAUUCAUGGCACUGCUUUUAAUACAUUUCGUGAAGCAUGUUAUCGAUUAGGUCUAUUGCAAGAUGACAUUGAAUGGAGAAAUACAUUAACUGAAGCUGUAGCAACUCGAAUGCCUAAACAAAUUAGGCAACUGUUUUCCAUUAUAUUGACUUUAUGUGAACCUGAUGAUCCUUUACACCUUUGGAAUACAUUUAAAGAUUAUAUGAUUGAGGAUUACAUACACCAUUCAAUGCCAGUUGUACUUGCUGAACAGACUGCUCUUCGUCAAAUUGAAUCUAUAAUUAAUCAGAGUGGUAAAACUUUAACUGAUUAUAACUUGCCUACAUUAGAUCAGUUAUUAGAUAAUGUCCUAGAAAAUGAUGAUGGAGAUAUUCAGGUAUUUAUUGAUGAAGCAAAUCGAGUUAGACCAUUAUUAAACGAUAAUUAG